GUGGUGCAACAAGACUUGGAUAUUUUGGAAGAAGUCAGUUCUAUAUUGCUUUGAAACUUGUUGCUGUGGCCCAGUCAGGUCUCCCUCUAAGAGUGGAAAGUUUAAAUACAGGUCUCCAGACUCUCCAUCUGAACUUGUAAAUCAUCCAGCAAGAAUUCAGCAACUACCCCCAAAGGAAUCAAAAGCUUAUUCAUUUCAUAAAGUAAAGUUGCAGUCUCAUACUUCAGGAGGAUUCAUUUCAACUUCCAGGAGACAGGAUUCCCUGAAAGCAAAGAGAAGAUCUCCCUUCCUGCUACAAAAAUGAUAUAAAAGACCUGACAGAGCUCAAGACUCAGAAUUGAGAGUCACUUCAACCUCCUGGUGCUGUCUAAAUAAAAUUAGAUGUGACUGACUAGAUGAGACUGCAGUUUGAAUCAAGUAGGUGAGAGUGCUGAUAUAGUGAAUCUGCAGACCAAAAUCAAGCAGUUGGAAUCAGGAGCAAGAUGUAAUCCUAAAAAAUUGGUAUGGAGAAUCUUGAAAGAAGGAACAAUGAGAAUGGAGCCCAUGAGAACUUGAAGAAAGUAAAGGACCUCCCUCUGCCCAGAUUUGUUGUUCCAAAGAACGAACAGGAAUCGAGACACACAGCCUUGUAUUCUUCAGAUGCAGAUAACUCAACCCCAUAUUCAGGCGUAAUUCCUCCCCCACCUGGCCGUGUUCAAGUAAAAAAAGGCUCUGUGAGCCAUGAUGCAGUCCAGCAACGUACAUCAGCAGAUCAACAGGAGUCCACAUCUCCAGUUGUUUCACCACAGCAGUCCCCACCAACCUCUCCACAUACAUGGAGGAAGCACAACCGCCAUCCCAGCGGAGGGAAUAAUGAACGACCUCUUGCUGGACCUGGGCCUUUUUGGGCUCCAUUUAGUGAAGCACAACCAGGCUCAUCUACUACUGGUGAUCCCAUAUGGUCUGGCCAUUCCCCGCCACCACAUCAAGAAAACUGGGUCAGUUUUGCAGAUACCCCACCAACCAGUACUCUUUUAGCCAUGCAUCCUGCUUCUGUCCAGGACCAGACAACAGUACGAACUGUAGCAUCAGCUACAACUGCAAAUGAAAUUCGUAGGCAAUCGAGUAGUUAUGAUGAUCCCUGGAAAAUAACUGAUGAACAAAGGCAGUAUUAUGUAAAUCAGUUUAAAACCAUUCAACCUGAUCUAAACGGCUUUAUUCCAGGGUCUGCAGCUAAAGAAUUUUUUACCAAAUCAAAACUACCUAUUCUUGAGCUUUCUCACAUUUGGGAACUGUCUGAUUUUGAUAAAGAUGGCGCAUUGACACUGGAUGAGUUCUGUGCUGCUUUUCAUCUGGUAGUUGCUAGGAAGAAUGGCUAUGACUUACCUGAAAAACUACCUGAAAGUUUAAUGCCCAAACUGAUUGAUUUGGAAGACACAACAGUGGUUCCUGUCAUUUCAGAAGUUGGAGAUCAGUCUGGUGAGGUAGGUUACUCCAGCUCUCCAGCAGAAGCACCUCCAAGCAAGUCUCCAUCAAUGCCAUCCCUAAACCAGACCUGGCCAGAACUAAAUCAGAGCAGCGAGCAGUGGGAGACAUUUAGUGAACGCUCUUCAAGCUCACAAACUCUGACCCAAUUUGAUUCUAACAUUGCACCAGCUGAUCCUGAUACUGCUAUUGUUCACCCAGUUCCCAUUCGAAUGACUCCAAGCAAAAUCCACAUGCAGGAAAUGGAACUUAAAAGAACUGGAAGUGAUCUUGCUAAUCCCACUAGCCCUCUACUUGUGAAACCACCUGACCUCUCAGAAGAAAAUAAUAUGAGUUCAUCAAAAUUUGUAGCUGGAAAUACAGUUGCAGAUGGUUACAGCAGUUCAGACUCCUAUACUUCAGAUCCAGAACAGAUUGGAAGCACUGUAACUCGGCAACGGUCACAUUCAGGAACAUCUCCAGACAACACGGCACCACCCCCACCUCCUCCUAGGCCUCAUCCUUCACAUUCUCGAUCAUCAUCUUUAGAUAUGAACAGAUCCUUUACAGUUACUCCAGGACAGCAACAAGCUGGAGUUGUUGCCUACCCUCCUGCAGUGCCUCCAAGACCACCACCCUCACAGGGUGCAGGUCCUCAUGUGCAUCGCCCAGUGGAUGCUGAAAGCCUAAUAGCUCAUACCAGUACCUCACCUCAGCAAAUACCAGAACAGCCAAAUUUUGCAGACUUCAGCCAGUUUGAGGCAUUUGCUGCAUCAGGUGUAAAUGAAGAGGAGGAGGAUGAAAUUGAAACACAUUCAGAAGUCUUGCAGGUUGAAAAACCCUCUGAUUCUGCAGGCUCCCUUAGAGUCUCCAAAACAGAUGCCAGAGUUGAAGAGAAGGCAGCUGGUAGUGUCCCUGUUAAUGCGGGGAAAGGCACCACCCCUCUUGCUCCACCACCAAAGCCUAUUCGCAGAAGGUUAAAAUCGGAAGAUGAGCUGAGACCUGAAGCUGAGGAGAAUACACAGAAAACAGGUGUCAUAGCUGCUGUUCUUGCUUCACAGCCAUCUAUCCCUAGGUCCGUGGGGAAAGACAAGAAGGCAAUUCAGGCAUCAAUUAGACGCAAUAAGGAAACAAACACUGUUUUGGCCAGAUUGAAUAGUGAAUUACAGCAACAGUUAAAGGAUGUUCUUGAAGAGAGAAUCUCCCUGGAAGUCCAACUGGAACAGCUUCGACCCUUCUCUCACCUAUAAGCCAAUUGCCGUUAACUGUGAAUUUAUUAAAUUUGGAAAGGGGGAUUGGGUUCAAAGCCUAUUGAAAGACCCAUUCAUUCAGCUCAGUGCGCUCUUUUCAACAUUACAUUUUGUGAUUCUGUUUUGUCCAGUUUGUCCAUCUGUGCAUUUAAAGUAUUUUAACUCCAAUCCAAAAAAUCAGGAUAACUUUUUUCCUUGAAUGUUAUGUAUCUUGGCACUGCCUCCCCUGCCAUUUCCUUGGGAAUGGAUGAUCUUUCUGCUGGAGUUGAGUUUGCACAGUUUCAGUGCCAAACACUUCAAACUGAAAUUAAUUACCUAAUGGUUUCUAUAUUUCAUGUCAAAGAAAAGGACAGCUCGUCAGUUAACUUUUAACAUUAAAGCACACAUAUACUAUAAAUGCCUCUUACACUGCAGCAUUUGUUUUAUUGUAUAAAACAGGAAAACUAAUCUGGUAUGCGAACCAAAAUUGAUCUCCCAAACCUCCUUUCACAAGUUAGCAAGUGAUUCACAAUUCCAGAAAGCCUGCCUUUUUUGCAAUAAAGUAGCUCCCUCAGGCUGCCACAGAAUUUCUUGCAGGCUACCUUGCCAUAUCAUCUAAAAUUGGUUAUUUCAUCUUUGUUUCAUAUUUUGUGCAGUAUGUGACCAGAUUGCCAGGUGUUCACAUUUUUCCACUCAUGAUCUUGAUUCAGCCGCAUGCAUAUAAAUGACCUAUGGUACAACUGAUACUACACGUAACAGACCUUCCUCGGUCAUCCCUUCUGUGAAAAGAAUUGGGUGUUAAUUCCCAAUGUAUUGAUUGCACAUUUCCUGAGCACUACCUGUAAAUGCAUGCUUCACACAUGACCUUUUAUUAACAGAUCAUAUCCACCAGUCUUUACUGUAACAGAUUGUACUGUCAAGUAAUGUGUCAAUACUUCUCUGAACUUCUAAUUCCCAGCCAAAAAAUAAACAGUUUGUUUCUUAGGACUUCUGGGUUACCUUCUGUUACCUUGUCUCCAGGCCUUAUUUUUCUGGCAUAUAGACAGGCUUCACUAUUAACAAAAAGUUCCCUGAGUGUAUCCUGUUGUUUGGGUUGAUGUACUGUAUUAGGAUUUGUUGAAUAUUGUAUGAUACACACCUUUUGAUCUCAUAUGUAAAUUUGCAUUAAUUGCUGACUAACAGCAGAUAUUCUAUUUAAUGGCUUCUUCUGGCUGUGGGAUCAUAGAUGUUAAACCGCAUGGAUGUAUCUCAGCAGAAUCAGAACUAGCAAUUGUGUGAUUUUUACACCAAUAAAACAGCACAAUAUUUUAA